UGUGCGUUAGCCUGUAGCACAGAGUCUGCUGGGCGCGCAUUUCAACAGGGGGUGUACCCAUUCAUCUAUAAAGGCAGUAGCGUGAAGACGGCGCCCAAAAUUCCCAAUUUAGCAUUUAGCACUAGCAUUUCAGUCCAUAAUGAAGAUGUUUAGACCAUGGAUCUAUUAAAAUAACCAGCAAUAAUUGGAAAGUGAAAUCAACAGUUCACUCCACGCCAUUCUAGACCCAUGGGUGUGCCUUACUAACUUAUUGAACUUAAAGAACGACUAAUUUUCUUGUAACAGACCUUACAUAUUAACGCAUUUUUUUAAAAUCUAAGGAAACAUAAAUUACUCAAGUGCGUGACUUGCAACAGCCUUCAAAGCAACCAUGUCGUCCACAUCCCAAAAGCACAGGAACUUUGUGGCAGAGCCGAUGGCAGACAAGCCUGUGACGGCUCUUGCUGGAAUUGGAGACGUCCUGGGUGGAAGACUGGAGGAGAAAGGCUUUGACAAGGCAUAUGUUGUCCUGGGUCAGUUUCUAGUGCUAAAGAAAGACGAAGAGCUUUUUCUUGAUUGGAUGAAGGAAGCCUGUGGAGCCAAUUCCAAACAAGCAAAGGACUGUGCGAACUGUCUAAAGGAAUGGUGUGAUUCCUUCCUAUAAUCUGUGCUUGUGUUAUUUUCUACUUCAAAAUCAAUACAUUACCUCUUCUAUUGUUUAAUUUCACAAUAGCAACAAUAGGCUAUAUAUGAAGUACCACACAAUGACCUACAGAAGAUGCCAUGUAUUUACCUCUCAAAUUUUUGUUUUUACUAGAUGCAAACUCAAAUUAGAGAGUGACGCCCGUGCAAGUUUCACAGAAUCACAUUUUAGGAGAGCAUAAACAGUUUGUGAAAGUAUGGUUUGAAAAACGUAAGGCCUUGUUUGAUUAUCACUGAGAAUUUUAAAAUAUAAUGCACAAAAAACUGUCUAAAACUGAAGUAAUUUUAAAAAUAUUUUGUUCCAUAGAAUGUAACAAGUAGUGUAUUUCCCCAUUUAGAUUUGCCUUAUUUGCAUUUACUCUUCAUUGCAACAAAAGAGCAGAUGUGAUGCAGUACAUAUUCAUUCACUGACUGCAUAAUCACAGACACUGUGCAACACUGUUUCAUUGAUUGUGUGUUGUAGGUUUUGGGAACCCCAAACAGAAUAGAUUGAUUUUUAUAUUACAGGGAUAACCUCAAAACUUACAACACUGGUUCAUUUUGUUCCAUCAAAUGUCAUUUUAGCUUUUGGUGAAAAUAAAGAAUCUACAUAACCAGACAA